AUGAAUAAAUUCUCACCCAAUACUUCCGCCCUAAUGCAAACAUCGUCUAAUGUCCUAACGAUGCUUACAACCGAAGUCAGUAGUAGUACCAGUAGUGAGACUGUUGCCGUUCAAAAUGGUGAUGCUGAAAUUACCGAUCCCGAACCAGAUCCUUUAGAUAAACUUAGAACGGAGUGCUGGGAACGUCUUAAUCAAAGUACAACACAAUAUGAAGCGGGGAAAUACUGUCCUGGCACAUUUGACGGAUGGCUGUGUUGGCCAGAUACCCCAGCGGGAAAAACAGCAUACGAGCGAUGUCCAGAGUUUAUAGUUGGCUUCGAUCCGGCAAGAUAUGCCCAUAAGGAGUGUGAAAUUAAUGGUGAAUGGUAUAAACAUCCGUUAACUAAUAGAUCCUGGUCUAAUUAUACCACCUGUGUAAAUAUCGAAGACUUAGAGUGGCAAAGUAGUGUUAAUCUAAUCUAUGAAAUUGGCUAUGGCAUUUCAUUAGUUGCGAUACUCCUUUCAUUGGCCAUCCUGUGCUAUUUCAAAUCUUUAAAAUGUGCCCGCAUCACCCUGCACAUGAAUCUCUUCUCAUCGUUCGCUGCCAAUAACUCUCUGUGGUUAGUGUGGUAUUUGGUUGUGGUACCUAAUCAUGAUAUCGUCAAAAGUAGUCCCCCCCCUUGUGUGGGUUUACACAUAGUCCUGCAUUAUUUCCUUUUAACCAACUAUUCAUGGAUGUUGUGUGAGGGCUUCUAUCUGCAUACGGUACUGGUAUCAGCCUUCAUCUCAGAAAAGAAACUGGUCAAAUGGCUGAUAGCCUUUGGAUGGGGUUCACCGGCAAUUGUGAUAAUGGUGUAUGGUUUGGUGCGUGGCCUUAUCGGAACGGCUCAGGAAAAUACGCACUGCUGGAUGGAUGACAAAAAUUAUCGUGCCAUCCUGGUGGUACCCGUUUGCAUUUCAAUAUUCCUUAAUUUACUCUUUCUCUGCAAUAUUGUUCGGGUUGUCCUGCUGAAGUUGAAGGCACCGGCAUCAUUGCAAAAUAGUUGUGGUCCUUCGAGACCAGUGAUACAAGCAUUUCGUGCAACGUUAUUACUUGUCCCCUUAUUGGGUCUACAGUACAUUGUGACACCAUUCCAUCCAGAUCCUGGACAUCCUUUGGAACAUACCUAUGAAGUAAUUUCAGCAUUUACAGCAUCGUUUCAGGGCCUCUGCGUCGCCACGCUGUUCUGUUUCUGCAACGGUGAAGUUAUCGCCCAGGUAAAGCGCCGCUGGCGCACUGCAUUCCUCAGUAAUCGACCACGGGCCAAUUCAUACACAGCCACUCAGGUCUCGUUCGUACGCUGCGGUCCCACCCUGCCCGGCGAGGAGAAGGUAUGACUAAAAGAGAUGUCGUCAUUGGCUGGCAAAAGGCGGGCAUCGAGUGCUGUGAUGUCGUCCUCGUCGAUGGGCGGUGAAGGACACCAGCGCCAUCAUCAGCAUCAACGUCAAAGAUCUCACAGUA